AUCAGCUGUGUUGGCGGCUACGCGAGGAAUUUAAAAUGAAUAACAGUAAACGUCCGAAAGUUUUUAAAAGCUUUAUUUACCAAAAGCAACAGAAAAGACGAUCUGAUCACUGCUGCGUCCCCCAGUGCUCAGCAUCCUCGAAAUUUAAUGGGAUUUUGACCUUUCACCGCUUCCCGGCUGAUGCGGAGCUAAGAAAGAAAUGGCUUAUAAACAUCUGCCGUGACAAGUUCCACAUAACGGUAAACACUAAGGUUUGUAGCAGGCAUUUUACUCCACAUCAACUUGUCAAACCCGUCAAAGAAAACGGAAGGACGCGAGUGGCGAAAGGAGCUGUACCAGUGCUGUUUGAGUGGAAUAGCUACAGUCUCCAGCAAAGUGAGGAUGGUGAGGAGAUACAGGAUACUGACUCUGAUGUGGCUGAACAACGAGAAUGUGGGAAAUUAAAGGUAAAGUGGACCCCUGAGGAGGAUGAAAGUCUGAAGACUCUGAUUCAGAAUUUUGGGCAGAAUGACUGGAAAUGCAUUGCCAGUUUUUUGCCAGGACGCACGGAGUACCAGUGUCAGCACCGGUGGUUGAAGGUUUUGAAUCCAGACUUGGUCAAAGGCCCGUGGACAAAGGAGGAGGAUGAAAAGGUCAUUGAGCUGGUAAAGAAGUAUGGCACCAGACAGUGGACUUUGGUGGCUAGAUAUCUAAAAGGCCGAUUGGGCAAGCAGUGUCGUGAACGCUGGCACAAUCACCUUAAUCCCGACGUGAAAAAGUCUUCCUGGACUGCAGAAGAGGAUCUCAUCAUCUACAAGGCUCAGUGUGUCCUGGGAAACCGCUGGGCUGAAAUUGCCAAACUCUUGCCUGGGAGGACAGACAAUGCAAUAAAGAACCACUGGAACUCCACAAUAAAACGUAAGGUGGAGAUGGGUUUCUAUGCCAAGGAAGACGACAUCCCGUUGUCAUUGCCAAUCCAGCUGGAGCACGGAGAAGUCACUACUUACUGCAACCACAAUAAGCAGAUGGAGUUCCACUGUGAUGUUGUCCUGGAUGCUGACCCUGUACCAGACACUGAGGAGCAGGAGGCCUCACCUUCAUCUACCUCAAGUGUCAGAGCUGGGGAGAAUCGUUCCCCUGAAAUUGCCUCCACCAGUCAGCUUCUUGGGACAUUGACUCCAAAAACUGAGCUUGACUCUUUGGAAGAGGUACGUCCCAGUCGCUGGUUUGUGGACAGUGCAGGCUUCCUCUCACCCACACCUGGCUCCUCCUGCAGGGAGGCACUGGAGCUCACGGAGGGGACAUCAAAAAAAGAUACCAAAAUGGAACAAAAGACAAAAUUGAAAUUUAGGAAGGAAUCGUCCGCUACAAAGCUGAAAGCUGUUGUCCCACCAUCUAGUGUGGUGAUGAAAGAGUCCUCAAGCCCGUCUGCUGGCCAGAUCACCAGCUCUACAUCUCCCCCGACUCCCACCUCUUCCUCCAGCUCUGGCUCUUCCCAGCCGAGUCGCCACAAGAGUAUCACCGAAGCAAUUUUGCGCAUGAUUGCGGAAGACAUGCUGCCGCUUAACGUCGUGGAAGGCUCUGGUUUCCGCAACUUCAUGUCAGUGGUGGACGCUCGGUACCCAAGGCUCUCACAGCGCACUGUGGGUUUGAAGUUGUAUGAUGAAGUGGAGAAGACUGUCAAGCCCCACCUCAUCCGUGAGUUGAAGUGCUGCGUGGCCGUGAGUGGAGGUGAUGCCGUUAUCCAUGUCACCUUGGACCUGUGGAGUAGCCAGUAUGCUGAGCCAAUCAUUGCAGUCCAGCUGCACUUCAUUGAUGACUACUGGAAUAUCCAUCGUCCCACUGUUGCCUUCCGUCACCUGAGCCGCAAGAACAUUAUGUCAUCGGUGGCCCGUGAGCUUGAGGCUGUGUUGUUGAGCUACGGUUUGUUUCCACAUAACAUUGGCUACAUCAUUACAAAUGAGGCCAAGACCACCAUUGCCACCAACAGUCUCUUCUGUGAUUAUAAAAUCAUACGUUCCUCUUUGAGAAAUGACCCCGAUGAGGAAGACAUGCUAAGCUUUCUGGAUGAUUUCCCAGCCUCUUCAGACGAGUUUUCUGAUAUUCAGUUCGGCACAAGGGUGAAUUCUAUUGCCCACCUGCUGCAGCUGGUCAUCAAAGAGGCCCUAAAGAACUCGCGAGUAGUGGAGAAUGUACUGUCUCAGGUACAGAAUGUGGUAUCCUUCUUCCGUCACAGUGGCUACUGGAAUGAGAUGUUGGUGAAGGAGUGUGGCAUUUCCCUUGGGCCCCCGCACAGCCUCAGCAGCUUCCGUUGGAACUCCACCUUUGUGGCGGUGCGCCGGAUGGUGCAGGAGGCUAUGUGGGGCUCAGUCAUGACACUGUUGGCACAGGCCCGCAUUGAGGCCAAAGACACGUCAAGCUCCCCUCCAGCAGUGCGGGCCAAGCGGGAACAGGUGCUGGACAUCAUUGGCCUGCUGGAGCCCUUUGAGGAGGCCAUCCAGGUUCUACAGGAAGAGGGUGUCACCUUCUCCCUCAUCAUCCCAUCUCUCAUUGGCCUUGACAAGACCUUAUCUAUUAGGUCCACCAAUUAUAGUCACUUUAGUAAGAGCCUUCGUAUGGGCUUGCAUGCUCGCUUCCAGCCCCUCCUUCUGCAAAGGGACUUGAUCCUGGCCACGGUUCUUGACCCUCGCAUCAAACUGCAGCCCUUUGAAGACGCCAAACUGGAGACGGAGGACGUCACCUUGUCAGCCCCUUCCAAAUUCCAAGCAAGGACACUAGUGGAGUCUGCAUUGGAAGACAUGGACACCUGGAACUUGCCAGAGGAUGGCUGCGUGAAAACAGAACAUGUGGAGGAGUGCCAGGAGGAAGCAGACACACCGAGCUCUCCUCCAGGCAGCAACAUCAAACGCAAAAAGAUCUUCAGCUUCUUUCAGCCGCCCGCUAAACACAUGAAGCUUUCCGAGUUGGAACUUUACCUGUCGGAGCCCUUGCUGGAUGGUGACAGGUCCACCCAGGUUUUCUGGCGGGAAGCAACGCGCUUUCCUCAGCUGCGGAGCCUUUCCCGCAAGCUUCUAGCUGUACCCGCCACUUCCAGAGGCUUUGACCGUCUCUUCCCCCUUGCUAGCUGCAUCGUACGGGCUAAGAGGAAUAAGCUGCCCCCCCACACUACGGAGAGGUUAGUAUUGUACAGAGAAUCAAUAAAGCUGAAAAACGGGAAACUGUAAACCAGCUGUAAACUGCUUGGGUUGCGUAGGACACCUCAGCGAAUGGCGCAGCAGUAAGCCGAAUGUCAUCCUUCUCCAGCAUCAAGCUGAUUUUACUACCUUCAAGUUAACUGGAAAUGUUUUUCUGGUGUCAAAAGAAUGAUGAAAUUAAAUUUGGUCAUGGAGGGUUGUUUAAAAUUUAGAAACCUUUUCCCCCCAGUUUAACAGGAUUCCACUAUACCAAGCUUUGAUUUGUAUCUUUAUAGAUGAAUAUACCAAAUGUUUAAUCAUUUAAUUUUGUUAUAUAUUGUUUGGAAAAUAGGAGGCAUCCCUCUGUAUUAACAAUCACAGCUCCAUUUGGUCUCUGGAUAUUAUCUAUUGAGGUGUGUGUGUGUAUGUGUGUGUGUGUAUUUACAUAAAAUCGAGAGAGACACGUGACUAUGCAUCCUUUUAAGAUAACUCUUGAGGUCAGAAUACAAUGUGGUGGUAUCUUUAUACUUCACAUUUUGGGUCAAGAACCAGUACCAGUGGAUAACAUUUGAAUUCAUAUUGAAUUAAGAAUGCCCCAUGCAUUUGUUAGAUGUGGAUAAUUGACUGCUCAUAAUCCUGCAAAUUGUUUCAUUAUUACUUAAUAUGUACUUCUAAAACUGUACUUUUUUAAGACCAUGUGAUGUUUCCUAAUUGUAUUUGCGCUGAAACACCUACCUCUUGUUUAAGCUACUUUUGGCUUUUGCAUUUAGUAGCAAAUACCUACAGUUCUCUAACUCCUUGUAUUUCUGUUCAAAUUUGGCUACAGGUAAGAGAUCGGUUCAGUUUUUAAAAAAUGGGUUUGAUUGCAGAUGUCUGCUUAAUAUUAGUGUAGAAAAUAAUUGUAUAAACUGCAAUGUUUUCUAAAUGUUACCAUUUAAAUCAGAACAACAGUACACAAAUCCAAAUAUGCAUUUGUCUUAAACACCAACAUGUACGCAAGAUGGGAAAAAAAAGGCAAAAAAACUGGACUUUCAUCUCUAUUCUGUAGCCCAUUGGGGCUUUUUAUGUAGCCAAAUUCCUUAAGAAUUCUGAGGAUUACAUGUUACUGCUGAUGAGGGUCUCAAAAAAAAAAUAUGCAUCUUUAUACACUGAUGUACUGAAUGGUGCCUUGUCCAGUGGGACUGCCUGAUAUUACUGUAAUUUAUAAUGGGUUAUCUGAUCAUUACACAUUUUGAAACCCUUUGUCGAAUUGGUGUCAAAGAAUUUUAGGGGAAUGAAUUCUUAUGCUGUUAAUUCUUACUGGCUAUUGAAAAUGUAUUAUGAUUACAGGGCUAGUUGUGCAUUAUGUUAAUGCAGUUUAUAAAAUGCUGUAAAAAGAUGAAACUCUUAAAUGAACAUUUAGAAAUGAGUGAAUAUUCAUAUUUUUUUCCCUUUAAGAGGUUAACUUCAUGGGAACAUUAACUUGAAUAAGUGGGCAUGGUUGACCUCAAUUACCACUUAUUACUUACGUUAAUGUUGAUAUCGGAUGUUGUCUGGGUAUGUAAAGCCUCCUCCCAGGUUGCCUUUAAAUGAUGUAAUUAGAUGGCAUUAGCUGUAAUGAGGAUGAGUUGCUGUAUUUAAUGGCCCUGGCGCAUUGCAUUUUCAACUUGCUUCUUAAUGAUUUCACUCACUCUUUAAGGUCGAAGUGUUUUUGACAUUUUACCGAAUUAGUACAAAUGUCCUGGCAGGUGACCCGUUCCUGUACUGCACCUUGUCAGCUUCUCUAAGACUUAGAACUGGGCUUUAUCUGUAAGCAUAUGGUCUGGCACCACUCUUUUAAUAAUCAUACUCGGCGUUUCUUUGUUGGGAAAGCUGUUAGCUGUUAGCUAGCUCCAAACAAAACAAAAAUGAACUGUUUAUACUUUUCCGUUAUUCUGUUCCAUUGACCUGUCUGUCUCAUGAUGGCAUAAUGAAAUGUUCUGUUUGUUCUGAGCACCCCCCCCCCAUCCCCCCUCCCAAUCUGCAAUGGGAUGCAGUUUGCCUUUUUACUGGAGUGUCCACUCAGUUAAGUGCAUCUCUCUUGCUCAUACAUUUAGCAAAAUAAAACUAUUUUCAAUUCAAA